UGAUGAGCAGCGUAAAAAAAAAUGGCUGUUCGUGUAUACAUCGCUAGAAUUUGUAUAGUUCAGUAGAAUUUUAUUGAACUAAUGUCCGAAAUGAGGCCAUAUUUGCAGGAAUUCCACGUCUCGUUGAAAGAAAAUUGAAAAUGAGUCAUUUAUUUGAAUAUAUGUUUGCAUUUUUACAGCUGACUGUUACUUCCAACGGUUGAAGUUCGAUAACUGACCUUAUAGGAUUAAAAUCUUAGCAAACUUAAUUUGCUCUUUACUUGAAUUGUCCAGCAGCUGAUGUCGGAAAUGCGUCUCCUUAAUUCUCACAACACUGAUCGUCCGUAGCGUGAUACAGGUUUUUGCUCUUAUGGAACAUGAUCACAAGAUAUAUUAAGGCAAUGUGAAACAUUAACUUAAUGAGAAAAGUAGGUUUAACAUACUCGCCGAUUACACGAUGGCCACAGUUCAACAGCCAACCACACAAUUGGAAUUUCACCAAGCCAUGGCAGACUUCAGAACAAUGUUUCCAGAUAUGGACGAUGAAGUUAUAGAGGCAGUCCUAAGGGCAAAUCAAGGUGCUGUAGAUGCAACCAUUGACCAGCUUUUGGCAAUGACAACUGACAAUGAGAAUGAGAAGUUGCGCAAUGAAAUUGAACAAAAGGAAACAUUGGAAACUUCAAAAGGUCUUGGCACGACUGCUGAGGUUGCCAUUAUAACAAGUUCAUCUCCUGCAAAGAGCCCUCAGAGGCCAGCUUCUGGAGAUGAAGUGCCAUUGACAUUGUCUACAACACCUCCACUACAUUCACUCCGUGGUUGGGUACCACCACUUGUAGGACCAUUGCCUGAUGACUUUCUAAGGAUAACACCAGCCACGACAUGGGAUAGUCACCAUAAGAAACAGGCAAUGAUGCUUAAUCAGCAGAUGUUACAGAAGAAAUUUGCAGAAAACCAAAAAGUCCGUGGUGUUUUAUGUGAUGGUGCUGACCCUGAGUUAGAUCGCUAUCUUGAAGAUGAGAGAAUUGCUCUUUUCUUGCAAAAUGAAGAGUUUAUGGCAGAAUUACGUUGGAACAAAGACUUUCUUUCUACAUUAGAGAAGGACCAAGCAGAUGAGAGCCCUCCUGAAGAAACACUUGCACCAUAUCCCUUAAAGCCAUUGUCUGCUGCGCAUGAUGAGGAUGACAUAUUCAGAGAACGUCUGCGUAACAUGGGAAAAAUGUCACGAAAGAAGUUUGCACAGUUGGCCAGAGUUUUUACUCGUCGUAAGAAACGAAGCUCUGCAAAGGCAAUUCUUAGCCAAGGUCCUGCACCAUCCAGAGAUAAUUUGCUUUUGAAUGCUGAACCCCUCUUAGAUGAUGAUGAUGAUGACAUGGAUGAGCAUGUUGAUAAAGAAGCACAGAGUGGUCAUGUUUCACCCCAAGUGCGAAUAGAGCACCGAGAAUAAGGAAAGUAUGAGACUCAUUCAUAACAAGUCCUGGACAGACUAGCUGCCCAUGGGGUCAUGAUUAAUGAAGACAAAUGUUAGUUACAAGAACUCCAUGUGACAUUCAUCAGUCACCAAGCAGCUGCCUGAGACAUCCUCUCAACACUAAAGAAGACUGACCAUAUAAGUUAUUUCUUGUAAACUCUAGAAGAAAAGUCAGUAUCAUCAACUGAAAUAUAACCAAAUUCAGAAACGUCUGAAACAUGGUAUAAAUAAAUUGUAAUAGCCUAUUUUUCACAAAAACUGUACUUCCCAGAAGCAAUUUUGCAUCUGUAGAAUUAAAGUUUCAAACUAUUAUAUCACAAUGCAGGAAUAAGACACAAACUAAAAAUCAGCAUGGGUGAAAGUGACAUGCCUGUAAUACAUGCUAAGUAAGUGCAAGGGCCAUACAGAAGCCAGUAAUUAUAUGAGCUGUGGUCAUGAAACAGUGUGAUGACUUUGUAAUGCUAUUGUAAAUAUAAUACUGCCAUUAAUCUGUAUAUUUCAAAUUUUUUUUGUUCCAUAAUAAUUUUGAAAAAUUAAGAAAAUACUAUAACGAGAGUAAGCUUUUGUUAAGUGUAGUUUAUCUAUUUAAAAUAACCUCUUUGACAUAGGUGGAAUAAAUGUAUUAAAACAUAUUUUGUAAAUAAUUAUGUAAUAUUUCAAGUACAACUGUAAUUAAUUAUGUCAAUUUUGUAUGUAUAUGCUGUCAUGCAAUUGUAGAUGGUUCAUACUUAGGGUUUUUGUAAGCAAAAGUGUAAAUUGAAAGGGUGUAGGGAUCAUAGGUAGAACGGAACUCUGUUCUGUGGUGGAAUGGAAAAGGUGGUGGGGCGCGCAAGUGAGAAUUGGCGCGCAAGUGGCUUAUACAGUCGGUAGCUGCCCUUCAAGUGGUGAUCACGCAUUACGUUGGUCAAACACUAGAGGCCCCGAAUUUACCUGCAAGACUGGGUUGUUGGCCUCGGACGUGUUCUACAUGAUUGGUGCAGUAUGGCAAUAAAUCAAUAGCUCAGAAAUUUGCAAUUUUAUUGUCGCCACCGAGAGGAAGACAGAGCUAUGUACAUCAAGAGCUGUACCUGCACAAUGUUACUAUGCAGCACCACCUCACGCCACCUUCGACAUCAGUAACAGGCAAAGUACUUUAUUUAGAAGUG